AUGCUUUCCCACUGGACAGUCAUACAACUAGGGUUUAUUGCGUGCCUGCUGUUGCUGUUCAUACGCGAACGAAUACAACGGGCGGUGCUAGAACAAAGACUCUGGAACUACAUUCAGUUUGGGACGCUCACUGAGAGACAGAAGAAGCCUGCGUUGCAGCUGAGAGCCUCAAGGAUUGCGGGCGAUCAGGCCCCGGUGCUUGCCAAGCAGCCGAUACCGACCCAGUCUCCUGAGGAGAGCUCGCCACAGGGCGGCCGAGUACACAGCCAAACAGGUUUCGCACUCUUGGAUGACACAGAAAGCACCGAGCACGACACUCGCGACACCACAGCGCCGUCUGAAACGGAAUCGCUGCCUCGAGAACGGAGCGCAGAGACACCUGAUCUCCAUAUCAGUUGGCGGAAUCCUUCUUCGGAUACCCACAUACGACCGGUAAGUGCACCUGUGAGCCCCAGCGGUAUCACCCGGGAACUAGAGUGGCGCCAAGUUGCGGCCAAAGAGGCACUGAGGCGACGAAGGGCAGAACGUCAGUCCUUACGCCUCUACGAGGAGUGGCUAGAGUUCCUAGCGGAACACAGUGAUCAACAGAGGGCCCGUCACUGGGCACUGGAGCGUCUCCGAUGGGGCCGUCAACUUGGUGCCAGCGGUUCGUUCACUUGGAGUACUCCCGAAGCCAACCUGCGUGCAUCGACGAGUUCGAGCACAACUUUGAAUGCAAGUGCAGACGAACAAGGAAUCGUCGUAUCUGAGGAUGAACAUGCUGAUGCUUUGCUCGAAACGAGCGUGGAAAAUCUGUCAGUCUUGCGAGAUGUGGAUGAACUAGAGCGGCAAUCUGAGCGCAAGCAUCUGAGCUUCACGCCAGCGUUCAGCCGGGAGCCCACAAUUGCCCGCACUAGUUCCUGGGCUGAAGCCAAUGAUGGCCAUGACGCUGAUGCGGGAGCAGAAGCGCGAGCGAAUCUUGCCGCACAUGAUGCACCAGGCGCUGGUGAUAAUGACUAUGUCGCCAGCGAUACUGCUGCAUAUGGUAAGGACAACAAUGUCAUGGCACAGCACGUUGCUGAAGCACCUGGUAGUGCGCAGCAACCGACAGGGGAAGCUCGCCCAGGGGCGCGCGCUCCUCUAUGCCAACGCGAGUUGCGCUCGAGUCGCCUCUCGUGGCGUUGGCAACGGAUCCACGAGUCGUCAGAGAUUCCAACUGGUGUUCUGGUGCGUCACUUGGGGCCGGAGUCGACACUGGAUGUGGCACGAGCCACAAGUGCCACACGAGUCGUCGGAAAUCCCACGUAG